CAGGCAUGCCCUGCCAUGACUGGUUUUUACUUGCAUGCUAGGGUUUCAAACUCAGAUCCUCAUAUUUGUGAGGCAGGCAGUUUCCCAAAUGAGCCAUUCCCCAGCUCAUUCAAAUAUUUUUUCACAUUAAUAUCACUGCUAAAUGACAGAGAAGCACCUUCCCAUCCAGCCUGUGCAAACAAGCAUCCAGAUUUAUGCUGGGGGUCAUCAGGGACUUCAUGCAUGCUCCAGAGAAGUUUCUAAAAAGGCCCAGCACACCCUUCUGCCAGUGAGCUGACACAGGUGUGUGCUUCCAAUCCAACCACCAAGUCAGCCUCCAGGGGGAGGGGUCUGAUCCACUCAGAGUCCCGAAGAAGGAAUUUCACAAGUCUGGCUGACCUUGUGUACUGCCAGCUGAAUGUUGAGCAACAGAGAGUCAAAACUAGAGGCAUUCAGUUGGCCCCUGAUCUCCUAUUUCAGUUUCUUGAGGUAUUCUGAAGGACAGCUGGUAUUUUACUCUUCUUUCACAAGAGCUAACAUGAGGCCAAGCCUCUAUCCCCUUGGCGUUGACCUUGACUCUCACGAGCCUUUCUGUCUCCUCAGCUGAGGCGAGGACAUUCAGCCAGUAGUUAUGUUAGGCCCUUUGGACUCCAGCUUCCUGGGUUCCAACUGCUUGCUAGGCUUCCUGACAGGGGCCUCUGGGAGCCAACAAUGCCCUGUGUGAUGUCACUGGGUUCUGAGAGGCAGCCUGUGGUGGCGUGUUAAACACUCUGCUACUGCAAGUAACCCAGCACGAUCCAGCACCAUCUAGACAAAGUACAUCUUUUCAUCAUUCACAGACCUGAUUUCACUUAUGACUCUGCUUGGCAAAUGACUUGCUUUCGAAGCUGCCAGAGUGGUAACCCCAUUGACAAGAAAAUUGGAAUUUAAAAAUGUGCACUCCACAAUGAAGACUAUCAUAGCUCAGUGUUUAUUAUGUGGAUCCAUGGCCUUCGGGCUCUGGACUGCUGUGUUAAUGGCAUAUUCUCACUACAAUCAAGAGAAUAAACCACUGAAGAAAACCCAGGAACCUAUCAAGGCUAGAUCACUUGGAAAAAACGUGUACCAGCAAAACCGUGACUCAAAGGAAACUCCCAAACAGAAAGUUAUUAAUGAUAAGAUUGGCUUUUUAGAGCCGGAAUUUCACCAAGAAUUUAAGCAAUAUGGACUUAAUGCUGUUAUCAGUAGAAGACUGGGCAUGGUGAGAGAGGUGCCAGAUUCCAGGGAUAAAAUAUGUCAUCAGAAACACUACCCAUUCAAUCUACCCACUGCCAGCAUCAUCAUAUGCUUUCAUAAUGAAGAAUUUCACACCUUGCUCAGAACAGUGUCUAGUGUGAUGAACCUCACUCCACACCACUUCCUUGAAGAAAUAAUUUUGGUUGAUGACAUGAGUGAAAUUGAUGAUUUGAAAGAAAUAUUGGACUAUCAGCUGGAACUUUUUCGUGGGAAGAUUAAAUUAAUAAGAAACAAAAGGAGAGAGGGUCUCAUUAGAUCAAGGAUGAUUGGCGCCUCCCGCGCUUCAGGGGACAUCCUGGUGUUCUUGGAUAGCCACUGUGAGGUGAAUAAAGUUUGGCUGGAGCCCUUACUGCAUGCCAUUGCUAAGGACCACAAAACGGUGGUGUGCCCUCUGAUGGAUGUCAUUGAUGAAACAACACUGGAUUAUAUAGCGGCACCCAUUGUAAGGGGAGCUUUUGACUGGAACCUGGGCUUUAGAUGGGACAGUGUUUUCUCAUAUGAGCUGGACGGCCCAGAAGGACAAAGUAAACCCAUCCGGUCACCUGCAAUGGCAGGACAAAUUUUUGCGAUAGACAGACAUUAUUUUAAUGAACUUGGACAGUAUGACAAGGACAUGGAUCUUUGGGGAGGAGAAAAUGUGGAACUUUCACUAAGAAUUUGGAUGUGUGGAGGCCAACUCUUUAUUCUUCCUUGCUCUCGGGUUGGACUUGUCACUAAGAUACAUGAUUCCAAUGACCCUGCAUUCAAGAAAGCCUUAUCCCGGAACUUACUGCGAGUGGUUCACACCUGGCUGGAUGAAUACAAGGAUAAUUUUUUUCUUCAAAGACCUCAUUUAAAAUACGUAUCCUACGGAAACAUUAGCGAGCGUGUUGAAUUAAGGAAACGACUAGGUUGCAAGUCAUUCCAGUGGUAUUUGGAUAAUAUCUUUCCAGAGUUGGAGCCAAUUGUACACACUGAUGAAGAGGAAAAAAAUCAUUUAUUAAUAAAGGGUGAAAAAGUCCCCUAAUUCUUCAACAUAUUGGCACCACAGGACAAAUCUGGGACACCAUGGCAUUAUGUGAAAUGCAAUGAUAAAUACAAUCAACAUGGCCAACCUCUCA